AUGCAGACGCUGAAGUGUGUGGUAGUUGGAGACGGUGCCGUCGGUAAGACAUGUUUGCUUAUUUCGUACACAACAAACCAGUUCCCAGCGGACUACGUUCCCACGGUUUUUGACAAUUAUGCAGUCACGGUAAUGAUUGGAGAUGAGCCGUACACUCUUGGUUUAUUCGACACCGCUGGACAGGAGGACUACGAUAGAUUGAGACCACUUUCAUACCCCUCGACAGACGUUUUUCUGGUCUGCUUCAGCGUAAUCUCGCCGCCGUCUUUCGAAAACGUCAAGGAGAAAUGGUUUCCGGAGGUGCAUCACCACUGUCCUGGCGUUCCGUGCUUGAUUGUCGGCACGCAGAUAGAUCUGCGUGACGAUAAGGUUAUCAUCGAAAAGCUGCAAAGGCAAAGGUUACGUCCGAUCAGCGCGGAUCAGGGCGAAAGACUUGCCAGAGAGUUGAGAGCCGUGAAAUACGUCGAGUGCUCAGCUCUGACGCAGCGCGGGCUCAAGAAUGUGUUUGAUGAGGCCAUUGUUGCUGCGCUGGAGCCCCCGGUCAUCAAGAAGAGCAAAAAAUGCACCAUUUUGUAG